AUUAGCAUCAAGAUGUCUGUUUGGAUGUUAGUGGUUUUGGUGGCUGUAUUGCAAUGUUCAGAAGCUAACAGGGAUGGUGACAAAAAACCAACAAUUGGUGAACAAAUGGACAUCAUUAUAAAGGAUGUAAGUGGAUACUUGUAUUGGCUCUUUGGCUUUGAUGAUGACGACUCAGUAGAAGACCAGAUUGAAGCUUCAGAACUACUGACAGAAGAAUUCAUCAAAGAUGUAAACGAAAUGGUAGAGCUGAUGCAUUCAGAAGCUGAAAAACAUAUAAAACACGUAAAAGAUAUUAAAAAUAAAGAAAGUGAUAACAACAGCAAAACAUCUGCCGAAAUUAUAAACAGCAAAGAAAAUGAAACUAAAGAUAAACAGCAAGCAGAAUCUGAAGAGACGUCGGAAGGGACGUCUGAAGAAAAUCAAAAUACGAGCAAAGAUGAUGGCCUUAAAGUUCUUGCUAUGGCCGCUUAAGUUACAAUAAUGGAAAUGUUUGAGCAAAUCAAAAUUGUUUAUUUAGAAAUAUAAGUAAAAUAAGUAAUGAAUAUUGAAGUGAAUGCUAAAUUGAUGGUUGAUAUUUCAGAAGUACAAUUAAGUUUUAGAUAAAAAAUGAAAAUAAAAAGAUAUUCUUCUGCCUUAUCAACCGCUGCUUGUCCUAAUUUUUUAGUUAAACAUCUUGCCGUUGUGUGUAAAAUAGCGUAAUACCUACCUGUGAUUUCACUUUGCACGAAGUAUUUUCAACCAUCACUCUUUGUAUUUUGAUACAACGAUAUUUAGGUAGUGCACAUAAUUUUAUUAAUUUUACUGUUUUUUUUCUUAUA